AUGCCUCGCCCUGGACACCCCCGCCCAUCAUCUGGGCCCCCACGCUUGGGACCCUGGGAGCGGCCAACAGAGCUGUGUUUGGAGACCUAUGACGAGCCAUCUCAGCCCCCACCAAGCCGCCGCACUCGGAAGCCAGACCCCAAGGAUCCUGGCCACCAUGGGCCUGAGAGCCUCACCUUCAUCUCCGGCUCUGCUGAGCCUGCUGCUGAGCCCCCAGCCUGCUGCCUGCUCUGGCGACCUUGGGUGUGGGAUUGGUGCCUGGCUGCCUUCUGCCUCCGCCGCUGCCGGGAUUGCCUCCAGCGCUGCGGAGCCUGCGUACGGGGCUGCAGCCCCUGUUUGUCCACCGGGGACUCCCCUGAUGGGGCUGCCGAAGCCAACUGGACCAAGGAGCACAAUGGAGUGCCCCCCAGUCCCGACCGUGCACCACCCAGCCGGCGGGAUGGCCAGCGGCUCAAAUCCACCAUGGGCAGCAGCUUCAGUUACCCUGACGUCAAGCUCAAAGGCAUCCCUGUGUACCCCUAUCGCAGUAACACUGCCCCAGCCCCCGAUGUGGACUCCUGCUGCAAGGAGCCACUGACCGAGCCCCCACCCAUGCGGCACAGCCUGCCCAGCACCCUCGCCAGCAGCCCCCGAGGCUCUGAGGAGUACUACUCCUUCCACGAGUCAGACCUGGACCUACCGGAGAUAGGCAGCGGCUCCCUGUCCAGCCGAGAGAUCGAUGUGCUCAUCUUCAAGAAGCUGACAGAGCUGUUCAGCGUACACCAGAUCGACGAGCUGGCCAAGUGCACGUCAGACACUGUGUUCCUGGAGAAGACCAGUAAGAUCUCAGACCUUAUCAACAGCAUCACGCAGGAUUACCACCUGGAUGAGCAGGAUGCUGAGGGUCGCCUGGUACGCGGCAUCAUUCGCAUCAGUACCCGAAAGAGCCGGACCCGCCCGCAGACCACAGAGGGGCGCUCAACACGGGCUGCUGCCCCUGCUGCCAUGGCCCCUGACAGUGGCCAUGAGACCAUGGUGGGCUCUGGGCUCAGCCAGGAUGAACUCACAGUGCAGAUCUCCCAGGAGACGACUGCAGAUGCCAUCGCCAGGAAGCUGAGGCCUUUCGGAGCCCCAGGAUACCCAGCCAGCCAUGACUCGUCCUUCCAGGGCACCGACACAGACUCCUCGGGGGCACCCCUGCUCCAGGUGUACUGCUAA